UAAGUGUUAAGAAGUGGUUAUUGCGUAAGAAACACCAGAUCGAAUUGGCGAGAAAACGCGGCUGGAAGGGAUACUGGGUGUGCCUGAAGGGCACCACUCUGUUGUUCUAUCCGUGCGAUUCGCGCGAAGGCCGUUCCGUGGAGGCGGCCCCCAAACAUCUGAUCAUCGUCGACGGUGCCAUCAUGCAACCCAUCCCAGAACAUCCGAAGAGGGAGUACAUCUUCUGUCUGAGCACUGCCUUCGGAGACGCUUAUCUCUUCCAAGCGCCAUGCCAGGUUGAAUUGGAAAAUUGGGUGAAUAGCAUCCACAGUGCAUGUGCCGCAGCAUUUGCCAGACAUCGCGGAAAAACUGGUACCCUACAUCUGCUUCAAGAAGAGAUUUUCCGACUGGAAAAAGCCAUCGAAACGGAUUAUAAACUCAAGCAUAUGGCUGAGAUGCAACAGUCUGUCGUCGCCGAUUCAGAUACGAGACAACAGUUGGGUGGACAGGUCGUCCAGUGGGAGGAGAACUUGGAGCGUCUGCAUUGCGAACAAUUCCGUCUUAGGUGUUACAUGGCCAGCUUACAGAGCGGAGAACUUCCUAACCCGAAGUCUUUGCUGACGCACGUGUCGAGAGCAACGAAGAACACGCUGAAUAAACUCGGAGUGUUCACGGUGUCGUCCUUCCAUGCAUUCAUCUGUGCAAGAAGUCCUUCACUUCUGAACAAUCUUCUGGCAGGAAGAGGAGCCACCAAGAGGAGACCUCCGAUGUUAUCCAGAUCAAACAGCGGAUCCAGCAGAAGAUCGAUGCAGAUGAAUUCUCGUGAGGAGUCCGAAAAUACAGUGAAAGUAUCUCUUCCGGAUUCUGCAACUGCUACUGUUUACGUAAGGGAUGCCAUGUCCGUAGAAGAGUUCUUGGCAAGUGGCUGUGCCAGGAAGAGUCUGAAUGCCACAGAGCAUUUCAUUCGUGUCAAAAAGAGGAGAGACAUGGAAGACCAUAAUUACUUUGUGCCACACCGUAGUGAUUUGAUAGCAACAUAUUUACAUACACAUGAAAUCGUAGAAGUUUGUGCCAAAAUCCUUUAUCAAGUAGAAUUAUCUAGAAGUACGUUAGAACAAAUGUGGGGCUUCAGCGUCGAAGCUGAAUUAGUAGAGAACGCCGAUAGACAGGACGAACUUUGCUGCUACGUGAGCCGUGUCGAAGAUAAGAGUGUGGCCAUGCAAAACGGUAUAAUAAAGGGCGACGAGAUUAUGGUGAUCAACGGGGCGAUCGUUUCCGAUCUGGACAUGAUGUAUUUGGAGAGCGUACUGCAGGAGGAGCUCGCCCUCUGCAUGAUGAUGAGAUCGUCCAGGACUGAACCACCGGAGGUGUCCUCAAUCCUCAGAGCUACAGACGACAUAAUCGAGAGCUUAGUGUGUCCUCCACCUCCAACGGAGCCUCCUGGAAUCAGCGAGGAGAUGAUCUCUGGUUUAAUCGUCCCGGCUCCAGGCAAGGACCGUUUCGAGGCGGAGACGGUCGUGGCGAAUGCUGGCGAUUCCUGCAUCAAGGUCACCUCUCGUACCAACUCCUUCGAGAUCGAGAAUUUGCUCAAAACGGCCGAACAGGUGACCGGAUUCUGCCGUUCGCCUGUCGAGACCCGGAAGUCCAGUCCGACUGGAAGUCUGGUCAGCAACACCUCGCAGACGCAGACCGGCCUCGGUAGACAGCUCAGCGAUGCCGAGAAGCUCAGGAAAGUCGUUAUGGAACUAGUGGAUACCGAAAGGGCCUACGUUAAACAUUUAAACAACCUUCUAGAAAAUUACUUAGAGCCGCUCAAGAAAGAAACGUUCUUAUCGAACGCCGAAAUUAACGCACUGUUCGGUAACAUCCAGGAGAUCGUCACGUUCCAAAGGCAAUUCUUGCAGAACUUAGAGGAAGCCCUGGAACUGGAACCAGACUUCAACAAGUUCGACUUCCCAAGCCAAUUUAAGAACGUGCUUUUCUCAGUUGGAAGCGCCUUUUUAUACUAUGUGAAUCAUUUCAAAUUGUACAGUUCCUUCUGUGCAAGCCAUAGUAAAGCUCAAAAAGUCCUUCAUCCAAAUGAAGGAAACCAAGCACUGCAAGAUUUUCUAUCCACAAGGAACCCUAAGCAGCAGCACUCCUCGACAUUAGAAUCGUAUUUGAUAAAGCCAAUUCAGAGAAUCCUCAAGUACCCGCUGUUGUUGCAACAGUUGCGCAACUUGACUGAUCCCAAUUGUGAUGAGCAUCAGCAUUUAGUUGAGGCCCUUAAGGGCAUGGAAAAAGUGGCGGAGCAUAUAAAUGAAAUGCAAAGGAUACACGAAGAGUACGGAGCCAUUUUCGAUCAUCUCUUCAGGCAGCACCAGAAAUCGUGCAAGCAACCAAUCGAUCUCAGUCCCGGGGAUCUCCUGUACUACGGAGGUGUCGAGUGGCUCAACAUCUCCGAUUUCCUGGGAAAGAUUAAGAAAGGAUUGGAGUUGCACGCUAUGUGUUUCGUGUUCAAGUCGGCUGUAGUGUUCCUAUGCAAGGAAAGAUUACGUCAGAAGAAGAAGUUAAUGGGCGUUGCCAGUAAAGGAAGUGCCUCAGAAGUCGAAAUAAUUAGAUAUCAAGUGCUAAUUCCGGUGACGGAAGUUCAGGUGCGGGCGUCCUCCGCCAAAGACAUGGAUUCGCAUUUCCUUUGGGAGUUGAUUCACUUACGCAGUCAGUUGCAAAGGAGAUCCGAAAAGGUCUACGUUCUAUCAAACAGUACUGGCGAUUUCAGGAACGCUUUCCUGAAGACAAUUAGACAGAUCAUCAGGGAAUCGGUCCGCAACAUGUCCAUUCCGGCAACGAAGCCUGGUACUGGACCCGGCAUCCUUCUGGUCACCGGCCACAAGGAUUCCAUGAACAGCCAAACUCUGGAACGCCCAGCGCCCAAAUCCAUCAUAGUCCAAGGAUCACACACCCUUGGAAAAACGAAACGCUCGAAGUCCUCGCAACGGCAUUCAGCAGGUAACAUCGACUACGAUGCUAGUCAGGACGUGGAAGAACCCCAACCCUCGGCGUUCCGGUCACGUAGUAAGACCGUUGGGGACGCUGCAGCCGCUGAAGCUAAAGGCGUCAAAUCCGAAGGAGAAGAAGAUUCUCAGACUGGCAUCGUCGUACCCGUUAAGAAAUCAGGCCUUGGAAGAACACCCAACCAUUUAACUUUAAGUACAACAUCCACGUUAUCAGCUGGCAGCACAGGAAGCCAGGCGCGUCUCAUUCAGUCCUCGCAUCAGCCGGAAAACUAUCACCCGAUUCAAGUCGAAGAGUUAGGUAAGCAGCACGUAAAGACAGUGAAAGCGGAGGUGCACGAGUCCCGUAAAAAGUCACCGAAUCGUUCCCCGAACAAACGGGCCGUCUCGCUGUGCUCCGUCCCCAGCGCAGGCCCCUCCUCCGUUAUCUCCGUCGACCAAUCGGCGUCGCGGAAGGAGUCGGCGACGCCGUGCCAUUCGCGCAAAUCGAGUCCGAAUCAUUCGAGAAAAUCGUCCCCUAGCCAAUCACGUAAAUCGAGUCCUAGUAAAAUAAAGCGCGCGGACAGCGGAAGUCCGAAAACGGCGCGCAAAGCUGCUGAGCCGAUUCGGUCCUCAUUGAAAAAACCGUCGAGAUCUUUGAGCAUCGAAAAUCCGACGUGCGUCGAAUGCUACCUAUCCUCCAAAACCGAGAAAGGAUAGCACAGCGCGUCCUCCUCGCUCGAUCAUCAGGAACAUCGAAUCGUCAAAUGCAAAUGCGACGAGAUCGUUUGCUGAUCUACACCGAACAGAUCAGCGCUCACUCACGAGAAAAUCGCUUAAAUCAAUACUUCCGUUUCCGUUUACCGAAUGUAAUCAUUUAUCGAAAACUCAGAGUGAGAGAACACGAAAAAGAAAAAAAGAAAAGAACGAAAAGAGAGAGAGAGAGAGGAUUUAAAAAAUAAAUAAUGAUACACGAGUAUUAAAGAUAUGCACCAAAAUUAUUGAAACUAUACACCAAUAUUAAUGAUAUAAUCGAGUCUGCACUUCAGCUUUCU